UUUAGGCUAGCUAGCUCAGCUCACAUUCACACACACAGCCAUAUGCGAAUACGACACACAACCACCAGGAGCAAGCACAAUGGAGCAAGCGAGCAGCGCGCAGGCCGAGCUCAGCCUCGAGCUCACCCUGGCCGCCGACGUGGGUGUGGUGCCGGCGGAGGCAGGCUUUUUCCUCUGCGUCUACUGCUACCGCAGGUUCCGCACCUCGCAGGCACUCGGCGGCCACCAAAACGCGCACAAGCAAGAGCGCGCCGUCGCUAAGCGACGCCGGGAUGCCGCCGCCGCGAUGCGCCCCUCCCCUGCCAGGAAGGCUGCUGCUCGAAUGCCGGAGGAGCCUGCUGGUGGUGUCAUGGCGCACAAGGACGGCAGCAGCUGCCGGGAGAGCGACCCCGAGCUGGACUUGUCUCUCCGUCUGUAACAGGUUAUUUUCCGGUGUACGCAAUUGCUACGUAUGUGGUCUAUGUUACAACGACCGGAGAACCAACCGCUGUUCAAGGCGGUCUGUAUGCGAUUGAAGCAGGUGGCUAUGGAGGGUUGUUUCCAACAUGGGUGGCAACAUAACCUUCGGAUCGAUCCACCACCUCCAUCGACAUAGGCAUAGUGUCGGUCUAUAGGGCUCUACUGUUGCCGAUUUGUCGGUUUUUUUUCAUCAAUUUUUGUCAGACCUUCAUAUUGGGCCGUGUGCAUCCUAGUUAUGCAGAGGCCGGGUGUUACUCAUAAUACUUUGUAUCCGCUUG